GGGGGAACCAUGUCCCAGCGGGUGAGGCGCAAUGGGUCUCCCACGCCCGCCGGCGCCCUCGCGGGUGGCGCGGUCUGCCCGGCCGGGGGCCCCGGGAGCCGCCUGCAGCCCAUGAGGGCGACCGUGCCGUUCCAGCUGAAGCAGCAGCAGCAACAUGGCAGCCCCACGCGGGGCGGCGGCGGCGGCGGCGGCGGCAACAACGGCGGCUGCGGAGGCGCCUCAGGCCCCUCGGGUGGCGGCGGCGGCGGCAUCCCGCGCACCGCCUCGCGCAGCACCAGCCCCACGCGAGGUGGCGGGAGCGUGGCGGCGCGCACCAGCCCCACGGUGGCCACGCAGACGGGCGCGUCCGUGACGUCCACCCGCGGUACCAGCCCCACGCGCGGCACGACGCCUGCGGCCCGAAGCAGUCCUCCGCGACCGCAGCCGCCGCCGCCCCUGCUGGGCACCGUGUCGUCCCCCAGCUCGUCGCCCACCCACCUGUGGCCGGGCGAGGUGAGUGCCGCCCCACCCCCCGCCCGCGUCCGCCACCGGAGGAGGUCCCCAGAGCAGGGCCGGCCCUCGGCGGAGAAGAGGAGCCCCAGCGCCCCGGUGUGCAAAGCAGGUGACAAAACACGCCCGCCUUCCUCAAGUCCCUCCAGCAUUAUCCGGCGCACUUCCUCCCUGGAUACUCUUGCAGCUCCAUACCUUGCUGGGCACUGGCCCCGAGACAGUCGUGGGCAAGCAGCACCCUGCAUGAGGGACAAGGCUACACAGACGGAGAGUGCAUGGGCUGAAGAGUAUGCUGAAAAGAAGAAAGGGUCUCACAAGCGCUCAGCGUCCUGGGGCAGCACAGAACAGCUCAAAGAGAUCGCAAAAUUACGCCAGCAGCUGCAGAGAAGCAAACACAGCAGUCGUCAUCAUCGAGAUAAAGAAAGGCAGUCUCCAUUCCAUGGCAACCAUGCAGCUAUUAACCAGAGCCAGGCUCCUGCUCCAAAGAGCACUCUCGUUCCCGCUGUCCCCAUCACCAAGUCUUCAGGCUCCAGGUUCCGGAACAGUGUGGAGGGGCUGAACCAGGAGAUCGAGAUCAUCAUUAAAGAGACGGGGGAGAAGGAAGAGCAACUGGUUCCACAGGAUAUUCCAGAUGGUCAUCGUGCGCCUCCGCCCCUUGCACAGAGAAGCAGCAGCACUCGCAGCAUUGACACACAGACCCCUGGGGGUGCAGACAAGGGGAGCAACAACAGCAGCCGCUCUCAGUCUGUGUCCCCCACAUCCUUCCUCACCAUCUCCAACGAGGGCAGUGAGGAGAGUCCCUGCUCAGCUGAUGACCUGCUUGCAGAUCCCAGAGAUAAAGAGAAUGGAAACAACUCUCCUUUGCCAAAAUAUGCAACUUCACCCAAACCUAAUAACAGUUACAUGUUCAAAAGGGAGCCUCCGGAGGGCUGUGAAAGGGUCAAGGUCUUUGAGGAAUGCUCGCCAAAACAACUUCAUGAGAUUCCAGCCUUUUACUGUCCCGACAAAAAUAAGGUGAAUUUCAUUCCUAAAAGUGGCUCUGCUUUCUGCCUCGUGAGUAUCCUCAAGCCACUUCUCCCCACGCCAGAGCUAACCCUCAAAGGCUCUGCUCACAGCCUGACCGUCAGCACUGGCAUGACCACCACCUUGCUCCAGCCCAUCUCCAUGGCCUCCCUGUCUACAAACACAGAGCAAGAGCGUGUGUCUCGAGGAACCAGCACAGUCCUGCCGUCCACCUCCCUCCAUGCACCGCCAGAACCCAUUGAGGAAGCUGAAGGAUAGGGCCCAGGUCCUGUGCUGCGGGUCCUGGAGCUGAGAACCCUGCAGAUCAUGUGACUGUGGUGGUGUGGUGUCCUCCUGGUCGGCCGCGAAGUGCUUUGGCUGAUG